AUAUAAAGCUGUUUCAAGGGCGAAUUCUGCAUUAGAAGCGCGCGCGAACCCGAGCUGCGCAAUUGCGCGAGGCAUUCCUUUAGGGCUGUGAGGGAGAGCGGAUUAAUCGUCCACUCUUGAGAUUUUGCGUUCCAACUGUUUGGAUGGAUUUUCCCAACACUUCGCUGACUAAACGGAGGUCGGAGUCAUGGAGACCCGUGGAUCGAGCGCCCGUGCACAAGUGGAUAUCGCGUCGGGGAAUCUACAAGUUGUAUUGACGCAAUUUAGUUCCCCGUCAUGAACUGUCCGGGAGUUGCGGUUCAAAGUUGGGGGCUUUAAGAGCGGGGAACAUCAUGCACACUGCGGAGCUCGCGCUCUCUCUCCUACUCGUCGUGAUCAUCGUUGUGUCGCUGCUGUCCAACGUGCUGGUGCUGAUCUGCUUCUUGUACAAUGCAGAAAUUCGCAAGCAGGUUCCUGGGUUGUUUAUACUCAACCUGACGUUCUGCAACCUGCUUCUGUCCGCCUCCAGCAUGCCGUUGACUCUUUUCGGGGUGUUGAGUAAUGCGCAUCCCGGAGGACACAUUUUCUGUCAGGUGAUCGGGUUUCUGGACACUUUCCUGACCACUAACUCCAUGCUGAGCAUGGCUGCGCUCAGCAUCGACCGGUGGGUUGCAGUGGUGUUCCCUCUGAGUUACCAUUCCAGGAUCCGUCACCGGGACGCUGUGAUCGCGCUGGCUUACACGUGGGUGCACUCGUUGUCCUUCUCUGUGGUCGCCGCAUGCCUCUCCUGGGUGGGCUACCAUCAGCUGUACGCUUCGUGCACGCUGUGUAACAACAGGGCGGUCAAUGCCAAGACGCAGUUCGCUAUUUACACCAUGGUGCUGCACUCGCUCACGUUCCUGUUGGUGUCGGUGGUGCUCUGCGUCACGUAUCUGAAAGUGCUCAAAGUCGCGCGCUUCCACUGCAAGCGCAUAGACGUGAUAACCAUGCAAACGCUCGUGCUGCUGGUGGACAUUCACCCGAGUGUUCGUCAGCGUUGUCUGGAGGAGCAGAAAAGGAGAAGACAGAGAGCCACCCGCAAAAUUAGCACCUUCAUUGGAACCUUCGUCAUCUGUUUCACCCCGUAUGUCAUUACCAGGAUUGUGGAGCUAUUUGUGACGGAGCCAUUUAAUCCAUAUUGGGGCGUGCUUUGUAAGAGUCUGGCGUACAGCAAAGCUGCAUGCGACCCCUUCGUCUAUUCUCUUCUGCGACACCAGUAUAGGAAGACCUGCGGUGACAUCAUCAAUCGGCUCUUGAAACGCAGUUCCCCAAAUGGCUCCGGGCAUCAGCAGGAAAAUGGAAAGAUUGGGAGGGCCAAGGAAAUCGUAAAAGAUGGGGAAGUCGAAGCCAGACCUACACGCUGAGGACUCCUGUUGCUAUAGAGAUGAACGAUCACAAAGGUAGAGCUUCAAGUCUGGAGGGAGAGAGAACAAUGAAGGCAGAGGAAACAGCGGGAUUCCGGGCUCUGCGUUUUUCAACUCACAAAGAAUUCAAGAUGUAACUGUAGCAAAUGAUUUUAGUAGCAAAAGAGUUUCUGUUUUUAUAAAAAAAUAGUUAUUAGUUCUCUUCCUAUCUUUCUCUAAUCAAUUCUGAAAUCAAACUUCUGUAAAGCUGCAAGCCACGAAAGCUGCUAGUUAGCCAACAUUCAAAGAGAAUCAGUAGGGCCUUUUACAUAUCGUGGUCUGAUUUGUCUAUUAUUAUAGUGAUAAAUUGCUGUUUAGAUUUAUGAAUAGGUGACUGCUUUGAUUAUACCGUAUCACAUGGUAAAAUGUGAGAAAACAAGAUCGCAUUGUGAGUUUUUCAACAGAGUAAGAAACAAUCUUUUCUAGAUGAUGUUUUAGUGGAACUCAGUGGCAUGUGGUUUUGAUUUUCUUGUAGCAUGUAUUGUAUCUUCAGGGUUUAGAUAUGAAGCCCCUCAGCAAUGGGCGGACCUGUUCUUUCGGUGCCUUUAUUUUAUUUAUUUAUUUAUUUAUUUAUUUAUUUAAAACAAAACCUGCAUAGACUGAAUUUUAAAGUAAGUUCAUGAUAUGCUUAUUUCAGCAGAGAAUUGUAGAAAAAUCAUGUUGUGUGAACCAAAGGGUACAAAUAAAGGAGCUGGAAUGAGUAUUUAUUGUGAGAGAAACAAUACGAGUUAAAAAAAAAAAAAAAUGUUGGAUUAGAUUCUGACAGCAUAAACAGUCUCUUUUUCUUACUUGCCUCUGAAAAUUAUGUGUGAAAAUAUUGUGCAAGUGCCUGAAGUGCUGUCAUAUGGGUUUACUUAAUUAAUGUUCUCUGUGUGGGAACACUGGCCACAAGACACAGAAGAAAAAAAAAAGCAAAAUGGAAAAAAGUUUUUCUUUCCCUAAUCGUUCUGUUUAGUUUUACAAUGCCGCUCUUUGUCUAUGUACUGUAUAUAUGCAUAUACAUUUUUGUAUUUUUCAAGAGUAAAUCAUUUCUACAGGGUAAUUUAUAACUGAAUGUCACUCUAUAGUAAACAUGUACCGUUUUAUUUUUUUGUAGUGUGUAUGUAUGAAUAUGUGUGCGACAUUUAGAAACUGGGAACAUUAUUACACUUUGAGGUAAAUGUAUAAAACUACAUGUUUAAAUGUUUUCUUUCGUGCAAAUGUAAAGCCUUAGGAAGAAACGUCUAUUUUUGUUAAACAGAAAAUAAUGUAGUUUUAAAUUUUGCUACAUCUUUGUGACUUUGACGACAAUAAACAGUGGGUUUGAAAAGA